AAGAACACGACCUUGAACAUUAAUCAUGUCGACCUCCUGGUCACUCUCUUAUGUCUCGAUUCAUUCAUCGAUUGCAAAUAGGACCAAAGUUUACUCUUGACAUCGCUCCUCGCUAUCAGCGAUCUAUUGCUCUACGCCUAACAAAUUGAAGAAAGAAACCAAAUUGGCUCGGCGGGCCCACCGGCAACAGAGCAGAAUGAGCUCUCUCCGACGGCCUCAAACGGUCAAUUCAACGAAUCGUUGGCUUACAUCGGAAGAAUACUGGCAGAAGCUCAGCACAGAUCUACUCAGGCCAGGCAAAUACAGUGCUGCAAUGGACCGAAUGCGCAGACUCGAUGCUGCUGGCCGGAUCAUGGAGACUGUCGAAGGUGACGAGCCAAUUCGACCAUGCUCGUGGUGCUCAGAACACAAACUCUAUUGUAAAGUCUUGCGGAACCCGCCCGUCCAAAGCGACAUCAGAUGUGCGCAUUGUCACUCGAGUGGCGUAGGAGCCUGCGAUGCGCAACAUGCUGCUCCCAUCGAAUCUGUUCUGCCCAGCGGACGGCAUCGUGAUGAUUCAUCACCACCUACGUCCGAAUUAUCGACGGGUGACGACGUAAUAGAAACCGACCCUACAAGAUCCAUAGGGUCUCAAAUCAGCGAGGCGAAGAGUGAGCAUCAAGCUCAACCACCACAGAUCGUUGAGCUGUCCCUGGAUGAGUUCCUUGCCCAGGUCAGAACGGAGGUAAAAGAGGAGAUUCGGAGAGACAAUGCUGUUCUUAUCCCAGCACUCAUGGAACAAAUUAAAGGAGAACUCUGCGCAGAAAUGCAGGAUCAAUUCCGGUCGAUGAUCGGUGAGUCACACAACGAGAUCACAUCGCGAUUAUAGACCGGAAGCGUAGCCGACCUGGGAGGAGAAACACAGGAGAACACCAAAUUCUAUAAAUGUGGGAAGCUCGAUUGCUUAUGGCCUUGAAUUGCUUCAUCCGCGAGAGGGGACAUCUGGCUAUGAAAUGUACGUUGAAAAUACAACAGGCAACUCAUUAGAUGUGAUUGAGUUGUACCGAUGGAUCAAACCGAAGCAGAUCUUCGACGGUAGAAGCAGGAGGAGUCAUUGAAGUAAAAAUAUCGCUUCAAUGUGAUUUAUGAG